GCCUUUUGCCAUUUUGCAUGCCAUGGCUGGGCUAGUGGACUACGUCGACAUAGCGCUCACUCUCUGCCUCCGUCAUCGUGUCUGUGUCUGUCAGUCAAUCGGAAGCGUUGGAGCUAAAUUCACAUGCGGGGCAGCUGUUGAAUGCAGAUACAAAUACAGCAGACUUUGUCAGAUACUCUCGGCACGUCAACAAAAGCCACGGCGAGAAGUGUAGCAUUUGUGGAGUUCGCUGAAUAAACUGAAUAAAAUUAGCAUUACGAGUGCAAGUGUGCGUGUAAUUUAAUUUUGCAGAGCAAUAAACUGAAUGUUAAGUGUUCAACAAUAGUGAAAACAUGCCUGAAGAACAACACCACCAACAACAACUGAAUACAGUUUCAGCUCAGCUCAGUCAUCAUCCGCAGCAGCAGCAGCAGCAGCAGCAACAGCAACAGACAGCAACGCAUUUGAAAAUGUCGGCUAACAUCAAGAAAUCAUUAAGAAGUCGAUCGUCAUGCUGCCUCCUGCAGCCCAAAAAGCUCGACAAGAUCGCUAUCGUUUUUGGCGAGUUAAUUGCCACGGCCAUGUUGAUGUUUCUCGGGUGCAUGGGCUGCAUCCAUACCUCGUUGUUCCCCAACUCGCACUUCCAGGCCGCGCUCAACUUUGGUUUCGUUGUUUUGAUAUGCAUCCAGUGCUUCGGUUGUGUUUCCGGCGCUCAUCUCAAUCCCGCCGUAACUUUGGCCAGUUACAUCUACAAUAUGAUUUCGCUGCCGAUGGCCUUGGCCUACUUCGUUGCCCAAAUGCUUGGAGCCUUUAUCGGCUAUGGCUUACUUAAGGCAGUGAUGCCGGAGAACUCCAUCUACAGUGAGGAAACGCCUGAAGGUGUGUGCGUGACCUUCAUCCAUGGAAAUCUUACUCCCCUGCAGGGUGUAUUCAUUGAGUUCCUCAUUACCUGUGUACUAAUUUCCAUCUGCUGUGGCGUUUGGGAUCCCCGCAAUGCAAAGUUCGAAGAUUCAGUUGGCGUAAGAUUCGGAUUGGCUGUUUCCUGCCUAUCUCUGACAGCGGGUCAAUUCACUGGCGCUAGCAUGAAUCCCGCUCGCUCCUUUGCUCCAGCCAUCUGGAAUGGGGAAUGGUCUAACCAUUGGAUUUAUUGGGUUGGCCCCCUAUUAGCCGCCCUAGUCACGUCGCUCAUAUACAAGCACGCAUUUAGACGCGAGGUGGAGGAAUCGGAACUAGACACCAGCGCCAUGUCGACGAAGCCGGACGCCAGGGAGGAUGUGGAAAUGCCAUAGUGUUAAGUGGGCAUUGUUUAGUGUUUGGUUUAGGUUAACGGUCAAUGAAAACGAAUUUGUAAAUAAAUAUUGAAUAUUUGCGUAAA